AGUGUGCGUGUUAGGAAAGCGCUUCUUCAAACCGGCGAUGCCUUGCGAGCUAAUAAGAGAAAUACGUUUAUUUUUAAUAGUGCUUAUUGUUCUUUUCUAUUCUUUUCAAUUAAGUGGUUCGGUUAGUUUAGCGCGAAGGGAAGAUGAUUCGACCACCAAGCGAGGAGAGUCAGCCUUAGCCUGGGAGGAGAGGCCUGAAGACGGUCAGCGAGGACAGCCGUAUACGGUUAAACAGGUUAUAUGGACCCCCAGUGGGAAUUUAUCCAUCCUGUCGGAACUCCUGGAGCCCCAGCUAGACAUUAAGCAUCCUGCAAACCCACACCCAGGUGUCAGGACACCAGAACGUGAUCAAACUAGCGACAGGUUAGCCCUCAUUAGCCCCACCUGGACCGCUGGUAACGUCAAGGAAGAAGGAAGACCCUUUGCUCCAGACUCUGAAGAUGGUUAUCAAGCAGAUUUUACAGGUUUCUCUGAAAUUCAGGGGAAGGUUUUUGGCCUGUCGUCUGACUCUAGCCCAUAUUUCUCUGAAUGGGAGGCCAUGAGACCUCUGGUGGAGUGUGCUGACGAUGUCAUGACCUUAACUUUGUCCGGUAGAGGCUUCAUCCACCUGCAAGUCGACAGAAACAGUGCCUCUCCAAUCUCCAUCUUCGAGCUACCUUCCUACUGUGGCUACUCAGUGAAGGCAUCAUGGACUGACCUGGAGAUGAUGGUGCCAUAUGAUGGCUGCUAUAUUCUUAAGGAGAAUGGCAGCUACGUGCUACCCAUGCUGUGGUUGGGGAGCCCACUGAAGUUGUCCUGCCCGGUGAUGAUAUCCACAGCUAUUCCCAUGUACUCCUUGUCUGCGCCCUUUGUCUUCUGCUCUGCCUAUGGCAUGGCAGUGAAGAUCCAAGGGCAGGAGCAUAGAAUACCUGUGCUUGAUGUAAUUGUGGAUGGAGCAAAGGAUCCUUUUGUGUCUGAAAGGUGUGCAUUCCUACUUGACUCUGAGGCCCAGGAAUUGACCUACCUUAUCUCCCACAGUGCUCCUUGUAUCACAACUGAUAAUGGUCCGCAGCUUCGGCUCAUAUUGGGUGAUUUGCAGUAUGUUCUCUCCUGCCCAGUCAGCCCUCAGUUUCCCUAUUCUCCAUCCUUGCCUCAGUAUCUUCCUCAGUUUCCCGGUGACCUUUUGUUUCCAUACUUGCCAACUCCAACCCACCCUGUCCCCACUACCACUCUCCCUCCCCCCCAUCGAGCCCCAGUCCAGGAGCAGAUGAUGCAAAACCCACUCUACCAGCACCUCCUCUCUUCUGGUUUCCAGUACCACCAACUACCUCCAGUCAUCCCCCAUCACCUAGAGAUCCCUCAUCCACUUCAGCCCACCACUGUCCACUUUCCUGAGUCCAUGCCACAGCACGUCCAGAACCCACUUGGAUCUGAAAAGUUAUUGUAUUCUUUAGGCAGCUAUUUGCAGUACUUCACUCCACAGUUUCACCUGAAGGAUCCUUCAGAACAUCAGGUUUUUCAAUUUCCUGACCACCCAUCUGUCUACUAUCCCUACCUGCCAUUCUAUUACCAGGAAUUGAUUUCAGCAGCUGAAGACCAUUCUACGUCUCCAGUGGGUCCAUAUUAUCCUCAGUAUUAUCAUCUGAAACCUGAUCAUCCUGUAUCCACGGCAACACCAGUGGCCAAAGCUCCACCUCCUAUACCUCGUCCUUCUUUUCCACCAAAACAGCCGUUAAUCCCACAGCAUCAAACCAAUUCAUUUUAUCCACCCAUGUCCUACUACCAUCCAGUAUUUUCUUACUCUGCUUUAUAUCCUGCUGCUACUCCACCGGUUGACACCCCCGAUAGUCUUGGGCAUCCUUCCAGCCAAUCUCCUAUCCAAACUCCUUUUCACUUUCAGUUGCCUCCAUAUCUGCCACCAGUCCAAAAGGAGCCUGGGAAACCGGCAGCCAGUCCUUACAUGUUCUACCAAACAUACCACCCUAAAUUCCAUCCUUUUUCACCCCAAUAUCCAAAGAUUCCUCCUCCCACUGCAGCCCCGAACUGGAUCACCCCUCAGGAAUCCCACGUCCAGUGUAUGCAGGACAGUAUGGCUGCUUUCCUGCCCUAUGCCGACCCAGAAUCCAUCCAUGUCAGAGACCCAUUUAUGUCAUGGCAGUCGCUCUCCAGUGUGUCUCCAUUCUGUGGCUACAUGUUGCAGGCGACUGCAGGCCACGGCUUAAUCCUCCAUUCUCCUCUGCCGGCCUGCCACAGCCAGUUACAGACUCCCACAACAAUUUCUCUACCCAUAAGUUAUUGGGAUUUCUCCACUUGGCAGAAUAGGACUCUGGAUGUACAGUGCCCAUAUCAAAGUCCCCCUGAUCCUCCAGAAGCAACUCCAUGGAUUUUCCCCACUGCUCCGAGCGCCACCGAGGACGAGUCGGGUCCAUCCAUUGCCACGAGGACCGAAGUCUUCUGCUCCUUCCAGCAGAUGAAGGUCGUGCUUCCUCCUGGACCCAUUUCAGAAAUAGUUCUUAAAGACACCAAUGGGAACCAGAUGAGUCUUGCUGAAGCGCCUAAAGAAUGUGAAUAUUAUGCAAGAGAGGCCAACGAUGGCAAAAUCCAUUUGUUUCUCCAGUUACAUUCACACUGUCAUAUGAGCGUGCAGGGUAAAAUGUACAUCAUUAGCAUCCUCUACACAACUCAGAGUGGAAAAAAGGAGGCAAAGGUUUCCUGCCCGCUUGUGAACCCGAGGUCUGAGCAUGAGUGCAACCUUCACAGCGAAUACCGCCUCCCCUGCGGAUCCAGCUCUAUAUCCGAGACACAGUGCCUCUCCAUGGGCUGCUGCUUCAACAAGCACCCCCCUGCCUGCUACUACCCAAUGGAUGAGUGCACUAUUGACCGCCACAUGAUCUUCUCUGUGCCCGCCUCCCUCACGGACCCCCCUCUUUCUACUGCGCUGCUGGUCGCUGCCACCAACUCCACCUGCAGACCUCAGAGGGUGACCCCUGAGUAUGCAUUGUUCAAAAUCCCAAUGGAUGGCUGUGGGACACGCAGAGUGGUGGUGGGGAAGACUGUCAUCUACAUGGUGGAGAUUAUGAACACAGUACAAACUGUCAGCCUUAACUAUGGCACCAUCACAAGAGAUUCACCUGUCAGGUUACUGGUGGAGUGCAGAUACGUGCCAGGAACAGUUCUCAGUGUGAGCUAUGUUGUUAAAACUCCCACCUUUGGUCCUGAUGUUCAUACUCAGGGGGUGUUUGGAGUCCAGCUCAGGAUUGCCAAAGAUGCCCAGUACACCAGUUACUACCCACAGUAUCACCAGCCUCUGCACAUGUUGCUGGGGAAACCUCUCCACCUUGAAGUGCGCCUCCUCGGCUCCCCAGAUCCCAGUUUGGUGCUGCUGGUGCACUUCUGUGUGGCCUACCCUCGCUCUGGAAAAGCAGCGUGGGUGUUGCUUUACAAUGGUUGCCCCAACCCUCUGGACCCAGCCCCACCAGAGACAGUUCUGUCAGACCCGACGCCACCGUCUCCUCAGAGUCAGACUCGCCGCUUCACCAUUAACACCUUUCAGUUCCUCCCUGAUGGGGAGUUCCAGGAUAUGGAUGAGGAGAUCUACUUCAUGUGUUCAACUGAGAUCUGCUCUCCUCGAGAUGGUCCUUGUGUUGAGGGAUGCUUUGGUCACUGACGAUGGAAAAAUGGAUUUAAUUCACAGCAUCCUUGAGUUCCAGUGGAAGAUAUGAUACAAAUAACCUUCAAUAAAAGCUCUUAAACAACUCUGAA